AGAAUUCUAAGCAGAUGCAAAAGGAAUAAAAGUAACUGGGGAGGGGAAAAAAAGGCCGAUAAAGUUUCUGGCUCCGUUACAAGAGACAUAUCAUUACCAUAUGAUCUAAUGUGGGUGUCAGCUGGAUUGAGUUCAUUGAGAGAAACGGUAUUUUUUUUAACUGCUAUGCAGUAGAAGCAGGAGGUUUGACAGUCAAAGAGGAGUACCUACCCCUCCUCCUUUCCACACCUGCAAAUUCUUUCACUGGGGCUGAACUGAGUAUCAUUACAUCUCAGCUCUGAGGGUUCCUGUGGCAAUUCCCCGGAUUAAAAAGAUUCUCUGGGUGUGAUAAUAAGUGCAAUAAGCCAUGAAGACAACCAUCAUCUUCUUCCUGCUUGCACACGUUUCCUGGGCCGGCCCAUUCCAACAGAGAGGCUUAUUUGACUUCAUGCUAGAAGAUGAGGCAUCAGGGCUUGCCCCAGAAGAAACUUUUCCUGAAGACCCUCACACAGAGGCUCUGUGUCCUUUCCGCUGUCAGUGUCACCUGCGUGUCGUCCAGUGUUCCGACCUGAGUCUGGACAAAGUGCCAAAAAGCCUUCCCCCAGACACAAUGCUUCUGGACCUGCAAAACAACAAAAUCACCGAAAUCAAAGACGAUGACUUUAAGAACCUCAAGAACCUUCAUGCACUGAUCCUUGUCAACAACAAAAUCAGCAAAAUCAGCCCUGGGGCAUUUACACCUUUGGUGAAACUGGAAAGAUUGUAUCUGUCCAAGAAUCACUUGAAGGAGUUGCCUGACAAAAUGCCCAAAACUCUCCAGGAGCUUCGUGCCCAUGAGAACGAGAUCACCAAAGUGAGAAAAGCCGUGUUCAAUGGGAUGAACCAGAUGAUUGUCAUAGAACUGGGUACCAAUCCUCUGAAGAGCUCCGGCAUUGAGAAUGGAGCCUUCCAGGGCAUGAAGAAACUUUCCUACAUCCGUGUCGCCGACACCAAUAUAACCACCAUCCCCCAAGGCCUUCCUCCCUCCCUUACUGAAUUGCAUCUGGAUGGCAACAAAAUCACCAGAAUUGAUGCAGGAAGCCUCAAGGGGCUGAAUAAUUUGGCUAAGCUGGGACUGAGUUUCAACAGCAUCUCUGCAGUGGACAAUGGUUCUCUGGCCAACACACCUCAUUUGCGGGAGCUUCACCUGGACAACAACAAACUGACCAAAGUGCCUCCUGGUCUGGCAGAACACAAAUACAUACAGGUGGUUUACCUUCACAACAACAACAUUUCUGCAGUUGGACUCAAUGACUUCUGCCCACCUGGAUACAACACCAAAAAGGCUUCUUAUUCCGGAUUGAGCCUUUUCAGCAACCCAGUCCUGUAUUGGGAGAUCCAGCCAUCCACCUUCCGCUGUGUCUACAUGCGCUCGGCCAUUCAGAUCGGGAACUACAAGUAAUUAGCAAGAAAGCCCUCAUUUGCAUAACCUAACACAACCCCAUUAAUGUCCUUGCUCAGAAAAAAAAUAAUGAUAAUAAAAAGGUAGAUACUGGAGACCUGACUGCCACGUGGAUGUUUACCGCACACGAUUUACUAUGCAUACGAUCCAAUACACAGUUCAAAUAAUUGCCUACAAUAAAACAUAUAUACUAUCUGCCA